AUGAGAGAGGAGCUGGCUUGGCUGGUCAAUCUCCAUAAGACGGCCGAAAAGCUCUGCAACCGACCGGUUAAAAACUGCGAGGUGCAGACCAUGCCGCUCCAGAAAGUAGUGGAGAAAGCGAGCACUAGUGCGAUCUCAGGUAGCAAUACGCCCAAGCGGACGAGGGAAGUUACCACCGAUCAGAGGAAGCCCAGGCCCAAUAAAGGCGCAAAAGAGCCAAUGGCUCUACGGGCUACAGCUGAAAGUUCAAGUCAGGCAGGUCGACAGACAAACCCGAACAGCUGGACAGUCGUUAAAGGACGCAAGCCUAUGCAAAACCGACCCAGAACCGACUGCGGCAAUGACUGUGACCUAAAGGGUGCCUGGUUCAGGUGUGGAGAGAUGGGUCACAGUGCACAAGCAUGCACUAAGCCACCAAAAUGUAGCCUCUGCAUCCGGGAAGGUGAACAGCAGACGGACCACUCAGCAGGCAGCUUCAAAUGCCCAUCCUACCACGAGGCUGCUCGUAAAACGAAAUGUUAA